AUGCCUAUGCCUAUGCCGCCGACGUUCCCCACUCGUCUCGCCGAUACGACCCCUUUGCGGGACUGGGACGAUGCUCCCGAGCCGAUCGAUGACGAAAAGGCCCGCCGGAUUCAUGACAAGUUCAAACAGAAAAUCCCGUCCGGGCCGAUGGGGCAGUGGAAGCGGGUGGAUGCCGUUCAACUCGGCAAGGCGGCUGGAAUAAUUUUGUAUAAGUUUUCGUCCCCCACCCUGUCCGACGUCAUGAAAGCGGACCUCGACUCCAUCCAGACGCGCGCCGCGAAAUCCCCCUCCGUCUUCGACCUGGUCGAUGUCACCACGGCAUAUCCACGCCGCGUCAUCGUCCUCCGGGGCAGUCGGCAGGUUAUGACGGUUCAAGAACGCACGCUCUGGGCCCUCUUCUUCAAAAUCGACACAUCCGAGGCGGACUUCGAGGCAAUGCGCGCGCACACCGCCGCCAGCAUCGCCAUGAAGUUCGGAGUGGUGUUCUCCUACGAGCCGGAGCCAGACUUCAAUCUCGGCGACACGCAUGGGUCUGCAAAGGCCGAAGACGCACAGGACUGGGAGGACGAGUCGGACGACGACGAACAAGAACACGGUGAAGGAGAACAGGACGACGACGGCGCGAGAAGUGGCGAGGAGAUCGAGUACGACGAUCCCGACGAUACCGGCCGCCGGAUCGAGUCCACAUCAACGGUCGCCUCAUUGGAGAACGCCACUGGGCCUCCGGAUACGACAAUUAUUCAUUUCCGCCGCGUAUGUGACAACUGUCUCAUGAAGACGCCGGAUGGACCUUACUCGUGCUACACUGGAGUACAGCCGUGCGGACCGUGCAAGCAUGAGAAGAUCCGCUGCUCGUUGCUCGGAAUCCGUGGGGAUGGAUGGGUGCUUGUGAAACGUCUCGGUGUCGUAGCGUUUUUCGACGGCCGGUGCUUUUAUCCACUCAAAAUUCUGGUCGGCGCACAACGCGCGGUCACCGAAGGGUAUCUCGACUUCCUCCUCCACACAAUCACCAAAGAAGACUACGCGCUGACGACGUCCGACCCCGUCGAGGUCCCCGAAAAGGUCACACAACUCAGAUGGUAUUACCACCGCGCCGACAGUCGCCGAAUCGCUUGGCGGCACCUGUUUCUUGAGCCCCCGAAAGCGCGGAUUGGCGUUACGGCCGCCGAAUUCAAGACGAUCUGCGGCGAACGCCGCGAAUACGUGCGCAAUCUUCGUCCGGAGAACGAAGAGAGCCGUGCGCUCCGCCCGUCUCGUCCACAACCCAAGCCGAAGACGUCCCCCCGGAAGCAAAAGCCGAAGCCCGCAGGGAAGUCGAAGGCAGCUGCUGGGCCGAAACGCGGGCAGCAAGUGAUUGAAUUGUCGGACAACGAACAGCCCGAGCCGUCGACUUCGACUCGUCGUACCACGCGGGCCACCACGCAGGCAGCGUCCAAGCGCACCGCCCCCAUUUCCCCACCCUCGACGUCGAAGCCCUCGAAGCGGUUCAAGACUGGAGUAGUGCCCUUCGUGGACGUUCCGGCGCGCGUGAAGAAGUCUGCAAGCACUCGGUCGACGUCGAUUGCUUUCGGGCCGCCGGCCUCCUCGCAGGCCUCGUCGACGUCCUAUGCGCUUUUCCAGCCGCCGUUCGAAGCGUCGACGUCGCUGUUCGGCCCCCCCAUAUCCUCAUUUGCGUCCUCCGCCACUCGUUCGGCGGCCGGAACGCCCGCGCAAGUUGACCUUUCGAACGACGGAGACUUGUACAUGGCCUAUCUCAGCGCCGCGACGAACUUCAACGAGCGUCGUAGUGAUAUGCAGGCCGCCAUAUCGCGUCUCGAAUCGGUCGCUGCACACGCCGAAGGCCGCCACCACGUAUUGCGCAAUCGCUUUCGCCCAAGCGGAUUCGCAAAUUCGGAGGAAUUCCUCACCUGGUCGCAGACUGCGGGCAUCGUCAUCGCGCAGGCGUUGCGCACCAACCUGCCAGCAAACUCGAUCUUGGACCCCGACGUGAAGAUGCAGGACGUGGUCCCCGCCUUGCCUCGCGCCGCGCCGAGCAUGCAGCCCCCCGAAGAGGUCUCGGAGAUCCCUGCCGCGAUACCUGCUGCGCUGCCUGCGCCGCCUUCCGCUGCGCUGGCCGCGCCGCCGUCCGCUGCGCUGGCCGCGCCGCCGUCCGCUGCGCUGGCCGCGCCGCCUUCCGCUGCGCUGGCCGCGCCGCCUUCCGCUGCGCCGGCCGCGCCGCCUUCCGCUGCGCUGCCCAUGACACCUGCCGCUGCGCUGCCCGCGCCGACGCCGCACCGCACCCAGGGGGAACGUGGGACUCCAGCGGCGGAGAAACAGAUGACGCCGGCGAAGGAGCAUGCGAGAAAACCGCCUGGCAAGAAGCAUGCGACUCCAGCCGAGCAGCAGGAGGAUGACGAUGAGGACUGGCUCGAAGACUGA